UAUGGCGGGCAGUGUCAUCUUGGGAACGUCGUGAAUAUAACGUGAAAUAAUGAAUUUUGUUGUUUUAGAAUAUGGGUGAAUAUGUGCAAUAAUUUAUUAUACUUAAUUGUGGAAAGUGUUGUGUUUUAAAUAUAUUUGUGUAAUUUGUGUGAAAAUGGCCUCGGAUAAGAUUAAAGUAGCUGUUCGGGUUCGUCCCUUUAACAGGCGAGAACUCGAAUUAGGGACACAAUGUGUGGUGGAAAUGGAAGGACAGCAGACUGUCCUACAAUAUCCGCAGUCGACUCACGACAAAGAAAGGAAACAACCAAAGACGUUCGCAUUCGAUCACUGUUUCUAUUCACUGGAUCCCACGCUGCCCAACUUCGCCUCUCAGAAGACAGUUUUCGAAUGUCUAGGUCGAGAUAUUCUGGACAACGCUUUCGAAGGAUACAAUGCCUGCAUCUUCGCGUAUGGACAGACAGGUUCGGGAAAAUCAUACACGAUGAUGGGCGCACCCGGACCCAACGAAGGCGGUAUCAUACCUCGUCUCUGUGACGCGUUGUUUGAAAGAAUCGCGCGCCAACAGUCGCCCCCUGCCCUCACAUACAAGGUGGAGGUUUCGUAUAUGGAGAUUUACAAUGAACGUGUGCACGACCUCCUCGAUCCAGAGACGACGCGGCGUUCUCUGCGCGUGCGCGAACAUGUGGUUUUGGGACCCUACGUCGAUGGAUUAUCACAACUCGCCGUUACGUCAUUCCAGGAUAUUGACAACCUGAUGACAGAAGGUAACAAGUCGCGGACAGUCGCUGCUACUAAUAUGAAUAGCGAGUCGUCACGAUCACAUGCUGUCUUCAGCGUGGUGUUGACCCAAACUCUCUGUGACGCCGCCACUGGGGUUACAGGGGAGAAAGUGGCAAGGCUCUCCUUAGUCGACUUGGCAGGAUCAGAGAGGGCAGUAAAGACUGGCGCGGUAGGGGAUCGGUUGAAAGAAGGGUCUAAUAUCAACAAGUCGCUAACGACAUUGGGUCUCGUCAUAUCAAAACUGGCAGAUCAGUCUUCAGGCAAGAAUAACAAGGACAAGUUCGUGCCCUACAGAGACUCGGUGCUCACGUGGCUCUUGAAAGACAACCUUGGAGGAAACAGCAAAACUGUUAUGGUAGCUACAGUAUCACCAGCGGCAGAUAACUACGAAGAGACAUUAUCGACGUUAAGAUACGCAGACCGAGCCAAACGUAUCGUCAACCACGCCGUCGUCAACGAAGAUCCCAAUGCGAGGAUCAUUAGAGAACUGCGCCAGGAAGUCGAAGCGCUCAAGGAGAUGCUCAAGCAUGCAACGGGUUCUCCUGUGGGCGAAGACGUUCAUGAGCAGUUGGCACAAAGUGAGCACCUGAUGAAGGAAAUGUCCCGCACCUGGGAAGAAAAAUUAGUCGAAACUGGUCGGAUACAAAGCGAAAGACAACAUGCUCUCGAAAAGAUGGGCAUCAGCGUACAAGCGAGCGGCAUUAAAGUCGAGAAGAAUAAGUUUUACCUCGUAAAUCUGAAUGCGGAUCCUUCGCUGAAUGAACUGCUGGUGUACUAUUUAAAGGAACGUACGCUCGUCGGCGCCGACAGCGCGGCAGCUAUCCAGCUGUCCGGCCUGGGCAUCCAGCCCCAGCACAGCCUGCUGGUGGUGGAGGGCGGCUGGCUGCACAUGGAGCCGCUGAACGGUGCGCGCUGCUUCGUCAACGGCACGCCCGUCGUGUCGCGCGUGCGCCUCGGACACGCCGACCGCAUCCUGUGGGGCAACCACCACUUCUUCCGCGUCAACUGCCCCAAGGACAUCACCGCGACGUCAGAGCCACAGACUCCGGCGCAACCCAUCGACUAUAACUUUGCUCGUGACGAGAUCAUGCUCAACGAGCUCAGCAAUGACCCCAUACAGACCGCCAUCUCGCGGCUUGAAAAGCAGCACGAGGAGGACAAACAAGUGGCCCUGGAAAAACAGAGACAAGAAUAUGAACGACAAUUUCAACAGCUCAGAAACAUAUUGUCACCAUCGACUCCAUAUCCUCCGUAUUCCUAUGAUCCGUUAAAAUUAGGUAAGAUGACGGCGUGCACGCCGACGACGGCGGCGCGCGUGGAGCGCUGGGCGGCCGAGCGCGACGACACGUUCAAGCGCUCGCUGGGCCGCCUCAAGGCCGACAUCCUGCGCGCCAACGCGCUCGUGCAGGAGGCCAACUUCCUGGCCGAGGAGAUGCGCCGCAACACCAGGUUCAGCGUCACGCUGCAGAUACCGCCGCAGAACCUCAGCCCCAACAGAAAGCGUGGAGCAUUUGUUUCGGAGCCGGCGAUAAUGGUAAAGCGGCCUACACGAGGCGCACAGGUUUGGUCCAUGGAGAAGCUGGAGAACAAACUCGUAGACAUGCGAGAAAUGUACGACGAAUGGAGGCGGCGCCAGCAGCGAGACGAUAUUAUUGAAGACGACGGAGUUCAAAUCGACCCCGACACACCAACGGAACAAGGCGAAAAAGCAAUAGAUCCGUUCUACGAGUCACAAGAAAACCACAACUUGAUCGGUGUAGCGAAUAUUUUCCUAGAAGCGCUGUUUCAUGACGUCACUUUAGACUACCACACGCCCAUUAUAAGUCAGCAAGGGGAAGUAGCAGGGAGGUUACAGGUCGAAAUAAGUCGAGUGUCCGGACAGUUUCCACAAGAUAGGAUAUGUGAAGCGGCUUCUGAUAGUUCUGGUGAUAUGCGAGAUGACGACGAGCCCAUAGAUCCUGCUACACAGCAAGUGACCGUCCGCGUGGUGAUCAAGCAGGCGAGCGGGCUGCCGCCGUCGUUGUCCAACUUCGUGUUCUGCCAGUACUCGCUGUGGGGCGGCGGCGAGCCCGUGGUGGUGGCGCCGCAGGUGAGCGCCGACACGCCGCCCGCGCCCGCCGCCGCGCCCGCCUCGCCGCGCCACCAGCUCGUCACCUUCCGCUUCGACCACCGCCGCGACUUCACCGUGCCGCUCACCGAGGAGUUCGUCGAGCACUGCGCCGAGGGUGCACUGUCCAUCGAGGUGUGGGGUCACCGUUCGGCGGGCUUCAGCCGUGCGUGCGGGAACUGGGUGGUCGAGCAGCAGCAGCUGGCCAAGGCGCGCUCGCUGGCCGACCGCUGGGCGGAGCUCACCCGCAAGAUCGAGCUCUGGGUCGAGAUUCACGAGCUCAACGACCAGGGCGAGUACGCGCCGGUCGAGGUGUCCCCGCGCGCCGACAUCGUGACGGGCGGCGUGUACCAGGUGCGCCAGGGCCAGCAGCGCCGCGUGGGCGUGCGCGUGCGCCCCGCCGCCAACUCCGGCACGCUGCCCAUCAUCUGCCAGCACAUCGUCAGCGUCGAGCUGGGCUCCGUCACCGUCAGAUCACGUCUACAAAAGCCUCUGGAUUCGUACCAAGAAGAAGAUUUGGCAGUUCUUCGGGAACGCUGGAGCGACGCGCUAACCCGACGCCGGCAACAUUUGCACGCCCAGUUACAAAAGCUGGUGAACAUGUCUCCUUCGUUGAAGAGUGAGCGCGACAUGGAGCGGGAACAGAGUCUCGUCGAGCAGUGGGUGUCGCUCACGGAGGAGAGAAAUGCGGUGCUGGUGCCGAGCCCCGGCAGCCCCAUCCCCGGCGCGCCGGCCGCCUGGAGCCCGCCGCCCGGCAUGGAGCAACACAUACCCGUGCUCUUCCUGGACCUCAACGCGGACGACCUGACGACGAAUUCAUCGGGCGAGGAGGUGACGGUGGCCGGCCUAAACUCCAUCCUGCCCAAGGAGCACGGCAACAAGUUCUACGAGCUACAGAUCCUGCACCACCACGAUAAGGACGUGUCCGCCGUAGCUUCAUGGGACUCCUCCAUACACGACUCACAGUACCUGAACCGAAUCACCGAAGCGAACGAGCGCGUGUACCUGAUCCUGAAGACGACGGUGCGCCUGUCGCACCCCGCGCCCAUGGACCUCAUCCUGCGCAAGCGCCUCGCGCUCAACAUCUACAAGCGCCAGAGCCUCACCGACCGGAUACGGAAGAAAAUCGUCAGGAUCGACCAGCUAGCGUCAACGGGUGUAACGUACGAGGUGGUGUCCAACAUUCCGAAGGCCUCCGAAGAGUUAGAGGAACGCGAGAGUCUGGCGCAGAUCGCAGCCACGGGAGAGGAGGCCAGCGCUGCCGACGGCGAAACUUAUAUUGAAAAAUACACCCGCGGCGUGAGCGCCGUCGAGAGCAUACUCACGCUGGACCGGCUGCGCCAGAGCGUCGCCGUGAAGGAGCUGGAGCAGGCGCGCGGGCAGCCCAUCACCAUGCGGAAAACCGCUUCCGUGCCCAACUUCUCGCAGGGAACUUUCUCACGACGCGAUGCGUUACAAUCUUUAUGCAACGCAACGCAAUACGUUGUACGUUUCGUAUCAACAUUGCAAGGGCAGGCAGAAUUAUCGGAUUCGGAUCAAAUUGAGCAAGAUAGCGUUGCAUCGCGUAGCGUGAUCAUGCGCCUGGACUCGUCGUUCGAGUCGCUGUCGGGGCUGGGCGGCGGGCGCUCGGGCAGCGUGGCCGACCUGGCGGACGAGGCGCCGCGCCGGCCCGCGCACCGCCACUCGUACGCCGCGCCCGCGCACGCCGACGCCGACGUCGUCACGCCCACCAAGCCCUUCGGCCUCGCUCGACCAACGUUCCUUAACUUGAAUUUGAACCUGAACUCACUGCGACUACAGACGCCAAACAAGUCAUCUCCGGCAAGCGUCAAAUUAGGAUUGCGUAUGACGACUUUACACGAGGAACCUGGCCGUAGGAACGACGAUGACUCGCAUUCUGAACCCGAGUCAGUCCCAACCGAUGAGCUCACAACGCCACGCUCAAAUCGCACCCGCUCAAGAGCAACAUCGCGCGGCUUCCUGCCCACUUCGAAGACCCUGGACUCGCUCCACGAGUUAGCAUGUGAACGAGUACCCAAUAAGAACUCACCUUCAAUAUCUUCGAGCGGAUAUGGUUCCCAAGCAGUAUCAUCUUCAAAUCUCACAAACGAUGACACGCUCUCAAUCAGGAGCAUGUCAGUAGAUGACACGCCGGACUUCGACAAGACGAUGGAUUACACGAACCUCAGCAGAACGAAAACUUCGAUGGCAGGACUUAGGAAUGAGAUCACUGAACUGAGGAACGAUAUCACUGAACUAAAGAACGAAAUUGUCGAAUCGAAAAAUGAACUCGAAGAGGCGACAUUCGAAAAAGCGAAAACUCCGGUUUUAACUCCGGGAUCGCGGAAUAGAAUUAACCCAUUUUUGAGGGACUGUGAGGAGAUUUCUAAGGAUAAAAAGGACGGUCAGCUAGUGGAUCCUCUGGGGGCUAUACCAGUCGAAAGCGCCGUGCUUUCUAGUCAGUUACAUAAGGGAGAACCCAUCCAAGUCAACGGAGAAACGGCACACGAGACAUCAUUCGGUGAAGCGGAAGUGGAAUCACUGAGCUCAGAGCAGUCGAGUCACGAGACACGAAGCCGGGAAGCGUCCCCCGUCGGAGAGAGCGAUUCGCCGGGACCGGACUCCGUAGUCAACACAUCGCUGCCCGCUGGAAAAGUGGUCCGCCGCCGCGCCGGCGCCGCGUCGCGCUCGGCCGCGCGCGCCUCGCACCCCGCGCACCCCGCGCACCCCGCGCACCCCACGCCGCGCCCCCGCUCCGCGCACGAGCCCGCGCACGAGCCCGCGCUGCGCGACACACCCGCCUCCUCCACGGAGCGGAUCGGCGACGAAUAUUUCGAGAGCAGCAGGCACCCCGUGCCCGAGUGGCUGUCGGUCGGCGAGAGCGUGCAGCUGCGCCUCAGCAGCAGCACGGGCGUCGUGGCCUACGUCGGGCCCACCACCUUUGCCGGCGGCGUCUGGGUCGGCGUCGAGCUCGACGCGCCCACCGGCAAGAACGACGGCUCGGUGGGCGGCACGCGGUACUUCUCGUGCCGCGCGCGGCACGGCAUCUUCGUGCGCGCCGACAAGCUCGUGCACGACCGGCGCGGCCGCAGCGCGCGCGCCUUCCGCGACGCCGAGCUGCGCCGCGCCUCCAGCAAGGGGGAAGGAUUACACAACUUGCACAGAUCGCGGAGUCGCGGGGACAGUAUAAACGCGGUCGGAACCAAGACCAGAGGCAAAUAAACUCGACCCUCGCCCGAGCAGCUGUCGAAGCGAAUUUAUUAUUACGUCCACUUCACACCUCAAGUCCAAUUCUAUUUGAGUUGCAGUCCUGUAACGCAUAUGGUGCUUUAUAUUUUAUAGUAGUUUCCUUUCAUCCGUUCGAUUUGUAAGCGACGUAGUAUGUCUAUUUAUUUCACAUGUCUUGAUAAAAUGUGGGAAAAUCGGUUUUCCUCGCGUUUGUUGACACAGUCAAACAAUCAUCGACGGAAGACCAUUCGAUUCCCUUCGACGUAAAUGUAUGACGGCGUUUCGUUAACGUGUAUUAUUAUAAUUAAUUUGAUUUUGUUUUUAAUUCAUUGACCACUAAAUUUGUAAAUAGAUUGAAUGAAUUCAAUCGUGUGAUUUAAUUUUAUUGUUACGUUUCAAUGUAAAUAUGUGAAUCUUUGUGUGUUAUGACGAUAAUUUAAUGUUUUAGAAUCAAUGAAUUAUUUGUGAUCGGCGAGAAUCGGUAAAUUGCUUGUAUAGAUUUUUUUUACUGUAUAGUGGUGUGGUGUUGACUUUAUGAAGGAUUAUUUAUGUAUUAGCUCAUUGUAUAUAUAUGUUUUUAAUUUUUGAAUAAUUAUAUACGAUAACCAUUCGCAACGAAAUUAUCCCAUUCGGCGUAUCACGAUAAAUAUAUCUUGACAAAUAUCAGGACCAGUCUUAACUGCCAUUAACAUCCGGUUAUAGGUUAUAUUUAGCGUCACUUAAAGCGAUGUUGUGACGAACAUCGAUUUUAGCUAAUUGAGUUCCUAUAAGCAUUUUUAUAUUACUCCCUGGCGUGUGCAUCGAUGUAUAGGGAACGAUGGCCACUCAAGAUACGGCUUGUAUCUUUUUUACUUAUAUUUGUAUGCGUAAACAUCGCGUAACCUCGAAAUUGCUCAGGAUCACGUGUCGUCGGCACGAUUGCCAGUUCGUUGUGAUAGUUUCUUGCCACUGGGACUAGAGACCGUAAAUGAUUUAUUUUUCUAUUGUCACUAAAUUAGAUUUUUGCCCUUAUCGUUUUGAAAUAGAUUUACGAAAUCGUCCAAUGCUACAUCUUCGUCCUUAAUAAGACUUGUACUUAGUACACAGAAAGCCAUGCGAAGGACAAAAUAUGGCCAAAAACACUGACAUUCUUUUCGGCGCAAGUGUCAAGCGAAAUUAAACCUAAACGUCUAUACGUCAAGGCUUGUUUUUCGUAAAUAUUUGUAUGAUACUUUGCUCUUAACAUCUUGAUUGUCUAUUCCUAUGCUAUUUCGUAAACGAUCUCGAGUUGUCGCUCGCUUGCCACUUGGGCCACUGUCGUAUAUCGAUUAGGUUGUGUAGGUAAAUUUUGAGGUGUAAUAUAAAAAAUAAGUGUUUGUAGUACUUUUUGGCCUGAUGUAUAUUAAUUGAAUAUCAUAAUCAAAUGAAAUUUUGUCCUCAAAUUAUUAUCUCCAUCCACAUUCGAACAAUAAUCGGUUAACUGUAUAUUUUCUCUCCGUAAAGAACGUUAGCUCUGUAUCCGGAUAGACGUUAAACUAAUAUCAUAAUAUAUACUAGCGGUGUAGUUCGCGUGUAACCUAUCGUGUUAGGUAAUGUCCACAUUCGACCGCUUCGAUUCAAGUCGGACCGGCAUAGUCUGUAGCUCACCUAAUGUAUAUUCCAUCCUCUUAGUGAAGUAAUCGUUAAGUACACUUAAUGAGUACACAAAUAGAAGUUAAUGGCGCCUCGUUAUUUACUAGAGUUUGUAAGUAUUCACUUUCGCUACAUCAUAGCCCGUCACUUGCCUCCAUUCCUGUACACAGUGUUGUAUAAAUAAUAUCUAAUUGUAAGUGAUUAUUAAAUAUUCAAUUUGUCAAAAAAUAUAUUCAACCGUUCUAACUUUGCACUCGUAAAGAAACGCCGACUCGUAGUGUAAGCCUCGACUGACAUCAUUUCGUGUCUCCCGUUCACUAUCGUAUGCUUUUAGACUGUCGUACUUAAUACAUUCCAUUUUUGCAUUAUCGUUCUUCCGGACGCGUAGGUUUUAAGUUAGAUUUUAUAGACGAGACGCGUUUUCAAUAAAUUUUUGCAUUUUUGAAUGACGUUCUGGAAAAAGUACAUUUCGUAAUUUCGUACGUAACCUGGCCUCGACCUGGAGGGCUCAAUGUGUAGUCGACGUUAAUAAAAGUCUAAUGGAAAAUUUUAAUAAGAAGUUUUCAUAUAUCUUAGAAUGUGUCUUUGAAACUCUCGAUGUGCUUAUUGUCCAGUAGUUUUUGUUAGAACACGGGCAAGAGGGGAGAGGGGGGGAUCGGGCGCAGGACGGCGAGGCACCGGCGAGGUUGAGACGUAGGGCUCCUAGUAAUAGUGACCUUAAAAGCAAAGUCGUAGGUCCUAAUUUAAUUUUGUUUAGAAAUUAAGCUGACCAUGUGCUGUGCUUUUGUUUUAAAUAAUAGUUAUUAGGUAAAUGAAAUUAUUUGUUUUAUAUUAUUAUUAUUAUUUUACAAUCGCGUAGUGUAUUUCGUAUUUAUUGCAGUCAAUUCAAUACGAGCUUUUAUGUAUAAUUUCGUAUUAUAUGGUUAAUUAUUAGAUUAGAUAUGAGUUUAUUUCUUUGCCAGUCUUACGAUUGUGUAAAAUAAACGUAGAUCACAAAUCAAAUGUAUUUCUUAUAAUUUUUUAAUGUGAUAAGCGAAUAGUUUUGGCGGCUACUUGGUAGCGUAGGUGGUUACAUCUUCAUUAUUGUAAACAUUUAAUAAAUAAAGAGAUUUUAAUAUUUAAAUACAAAAAUAGUUCACUUCUAGUGGAAAUAUUUUUGCCAAGUAGCGGAUUUGAGUCAACCAUCGCUGUCAUUAUCAAUAAAUGUAUAAUAAAAUAUUUUGUUUUAUUUACUAAUUA